AUGUCGCUUAGCACACAGUUCUUGGGCCACACCUACGCCAACCCGCUUAUGAACGCCUCGGGCGUCCACUGCAUGUCCGUCGAGGAACUCCAAGAGUUGGACAGGUCCUCUGCCGGCGCGUUCAUCACCAAGUCAGCGACACCAGCGGAGAGAGAGGGCAACCCGGAGCCCAGGUACUACCCUGUUGCCCUCGGGUCCAUCAACUCGAUGGGGUUGCCCAACCGUGGGUUCGAUUACUACUUGGACUACGUGUUGAACCGGGAGAGCAAAGGCGACGGCAGAGUGUUCUUCUCCGUCGCGGGGAUGUCCCUAGCGGACAACCUCGCGAUGUUGCACCGUCUGCAGGACAGUGACUACACGGGGGUCACAGAGUUGAACCUCUCCUGCCCCAAUGUCCCUGGGAAACCACAAGUUGGCUACGACUUCGAACAGACACAACAGAUCCUCACAGAGGUGUUCCAGUUCUACAAGAAACCUCUCGGGGUGAAGCUGCCACCGUACUUCGACAUGGUCCACUUCGAUACCAUCGCUGGGAUUCUCAACAGGUUCCCCCUAGCGUACGUUAACUGCAUCAACUCAGUGGGGAACGCCCUGUACAUCGACACAGACCUCGAACAAGUAGUUGUCAAACCAAAGAACGGGUUCGGUGGGAUCGGCGGUCAGUACGUCAAACCCACUGCUUUGGCCAACGUCCGCGCCUUCUACGUCCGGUUGAACCCAGAGAUCAAAGUCAUCGGUACUGGUGGGAUCACCACGGGGAGGGACGCCUUCGAACACUUACUGUGCGGUGCUACGAUGCUACAGAUCGGUACGCAGCUGUGCAAGGACGGGACGCCAGUGUUCGACAGGGUCGCUAGUGAACUGCAACAGAUCAUGGACAGUAAGGGCUACAAGUCCAUUGACGAGUUCAGAGGGAAACUUCAAUCCAUCGAGUAG